AUGUCAAGUUCUGCAUUACAAAAUACAGAGCGUGGUGCUAGGUACGGAUCAACUUACUUAUCUGCUAUUAGAUCUAGAACAGCCACAUUUAAGUCAAGACCAAUAUUUACAUUUGAAUCAGUUUGCACGGAUCAUUCUACUUAUCCUGAAAGCGCUUCACCCGAGCAAGCAACAUCAAAGGAGCUAUUCACCUACGACAAUCAACAGCUACGUCCGGAGCUGCGACAAUCAACAACACAUACUUCCGCUAUUGCAAGUGUAGUAUCAACAUUCGACUCAGCUCAACAUGAACGUGUUUCGUAUCAUCCAUCUUUAAGCGAAUCAGAAUCCGAUAAAGUUCAAAGUACUAGACCAAUUCAACACACUGAAAUGUCGUAUUUAAGGGAUUCCGAAAGCGGUUCACUCGAGCAACCAAAAUUAAGAGAGCUACAGCACUUAUCGGGUAUUGGACCUAGAGUCACGGCAAAUCAAUAUACGAAUAUAAACGAACAAUCAUUUCAAUUGAAUCUACUAUCUGGAAAAUGUAAGUAUGUUACAAACCCAAACCCAAACCCAAGCGACUUGGGUGUAUUGGGUUUAGACGAAACUGAUAGGAAAGCAAUAUGUUUAAAUGUUGACAUAGGGAUAUCCGUUAAUGAGAAUAUUAUUGAAAAUUAUGAUGAUGCUUGUAGUUGUAUUUCAAGAAUAACAUCAAUUCAAGAUAAUAAUAUUUAUUUUAUUACAUCAUCAUCAUUAGGUAAAUUUGUUAUUCCAAUUAUACAUCAAGAAAAACAAGUUGAAUAUAUUUAUAUUUAUUGUCAAAAUGUGUUUGAUUAUGAAACAGCAUUAAAAUUUAGUAAGCAGUAUACAAAAAUUCGUGAAAUAUUUAUAAAUAAAAACGAAUUAAUAACGAAAUUAAAAAGUGAUUUAAAAUAUUUAAAAAUUUUAUUGCCAGUUGAAGGCCAUCUUCUUCGUAAUUAUAGUCAAUCACUGCAUGCAUUUUUUGAUUUAUAUAAUGACAAUACAUUAAGGUCUGAAAAUGUUCAAGUUAUUCAUCUCGAUACGUCGUUACAUCCAAAAACAAUGACUCCAGUUAAUAAAUUUAUUAAUUUAAAAUCAUUUUCACAUGUUGAUAAAUGUAUUGAAUUUAUAAAUAAUCAAAAACAAAAUUUAUUUGUUAUAUUAAAUAAUACAUCUGAUAUUUCAAUUAUUCAUAAAUUAUUACAAAUUAAAUAUAUUUAUUUGUUAGUGGAUAACAAUACAAAAAUGGAAUCUAGUCAAUUAUUAAAGAAAUAUUUUAAAAUUCGACAAACAUUUACAGCUAUUGAUGAUUUAUUACAACAGCUGGUAAUAGAUAUUUCUUUAUUGUUUUACAUACCGUCAUUGAGUUUCUAUAAACAAAAUAGUUCUCAUAAUAGUUCAGAAUCUAUGCAUAUUAUAGAUUGUCGAAAAGAAGUCAUACAUAAAAGACAACAAUUCUACUCGGGAAGAAAACAGUAAUACAAUUGGCCUAAUCAUAUGUGUAAAAGUUUUGUUUCUCACGCUAACUUACAGAUAUAGUUGUUGAAAAUAACAGUAGAGAGUUUGUACUUUAUCAUUUCUUGUUCGAUACAUACAUAACAGUUGGCAGAGUAGCCCCUAACGUGCUAAAAUCUCAAACUCCUCAUAAUGGUUCCAGAUGAUAGUAAAUGGAACAACUGAUGCAUCUCGUUUACUUCAACGGACAUAUUUUAUAUGACUCAGCAAACUCACUCAAGUUUAAAUUCAAAACUAGUGUCGUAGUAACUGCUAGAAGAUUCCAGAAUAUUUUAGAAUCUUCAUAAUAGAACCUUUAGGACCUUUACUACCCAUGUCAAAUUUUUUUCAAGAUAUCUGCAGAAAUGUGUGUUUUCUCGCACUUUUUUUACCACACUAACGCAACACCAGAAAAUGCAUGCCUCCUAUAUGUGUUUUCUUACGCAGUAUUUUUUCGCGCUAAAAGCAACAAAAACUAAUGCUUUUUUUGUCUUUUAUCACAGAAUCCUUUUUGUGGGUUAUAUUGCGUGUGUUUUUUCAAUACAAUUUUUUCGCAAAAAACGUUUUGGUUUAACAAUACAAAAAGAGCGAUGACUCAUUGCGAUGGGUCAUCAUAACUAGUGUAUAAUUCGAAAAAGCGGAAUAUGAGCAACCUUAUAUUUAUAUAAAGGGGCUUUCUCCAUUAAAAAAUUUACUCAGAGAUCCUUUUAGUGACUCCGAUUAGCUGGGAGGAGGCUGCGGGAAGCAGAUCGUGAUCUACUGCCAUAGAAAUGGGGGUGAGCCGUGAGGCUUCCUUAUGGGCGGGUUCGAUGAACCUGUCCGGAAAUAUAUAUAAACUUUAGGAACGGAGUUACACAAUACCUUAGUCUUGUGUAUGGUAUUUGAAUAGAAACCUUUUCGAAGUCAUUUUCGAUCCCAUUCAAGGCAAUUUAAAAUUUUUCACUUAUAUUAAACAUUUCAGCAACACUGCAGCUUUUAGUACUGUGAUUUUCAAUCAGGUAUGUGGUCUUCAAAUAUCUCUGACUUAUUUUUGAUUGUAGAAAUAUCAUCUGUGUAACUUUAAUCGAAGCAUAACCAGAUACAAAAUGAAAAACCUAGUAGAAUUCUUACACAAAUUUUAUAAAAUUCGACACCAAUAGAGCAACAUAGAACAGCUACGCUACGAUCCUUUCCGAUCUUAUCACAUGUAUGUAUGGCGGUUCGUAUAGAAAUUCUACAAGAUCGUGACAAUUUUCUAUAAUAGAAAACUAUAAAUUCGUACAGGACUCUAGAGUAUACUAAUACUUUUAUUCUAUUGCUUUUCCCUUUCCACUGAUUUACGUGGAAGCAGAGUAAGUUUUGUGCAGUUCGAUGUGGCUUAUAGAUCUUUUCGCCCUGUGAUGGAUCAACUCAUUUGUCAGAGGCGUUUUGAAGCUACUCACGAAAAGAUCACGAUUCACUUGAAGCCUUCGCGUGAAUGGUAAAGCCAAGCGAUUCUUCCAUAAACUGACUGCAAUCCUCAUUCUUAACCUCUUUUCGUAAAUACUUGCGCUCUGAUUGUAAAAAUAUUGGCAUAUCGUCCAGUCGAGGAAUGAUAAAACACAGAGCCAAGUUCGUCUCCUGCCCUCAACUCACACAUUUUUUUAUGGAAUUUUUUCUUCACUAUUGUGAUUAUGUUUCAUUCCCAGUUUUUAUCACAUUCUAAGACAAAAAGGAUAUUUUAAAACUAGGCUGGUCUAUGGAGAUGAGCCUGUACAAUAUGAAAUGGGAAGGAUAAAUAAUGUUUGGACACUAUAACCAAAUAUAGCCGGUUUUUAGAACGACAAAUAAUUCAAAACGCUAAUCGCUUUUUACAAAAUGGCAACAGUGCCACUGGUAUUUUUAGUAAAUGAGUCAAUUAAAAGCAAAAAUGGGGAAUUGUGAAAAACUGUAUUUUUCUUCCGAAUGUCCUUAAAGAAUAGUCAUAAGCUAGACACCACCUUUAUAUUGUUUCAGUUGUUAAUUAAAAUUGUAUUUGAUUUACCUCGUUCCUCACUUCCAGUACAAGAUCAAAACAUUUUAGAUAUAGACAAUGAUAUUUUAAUAAAAGAAU